GUUCGGCCUUCUUGACGAUCGCACGUGCUUCUGUUUGGCUCACGUGAUCGCGUAUAUCGUCAACUCGACGAAUUGACAUUUGCGUCGCCUUUCGUGCGUUUUUUUUUCUGGUUAUCAAACACACUGCCGGUACUAGAAACAGGGAGCGAAGAUGUUCAGGUCUAAAUGUUUAACGACCCUCAUCUUGAUCAUCUGCGUAUCUCUGUCGGACACCAGAUCGUCAUCCACGUCAAAAAACCACGAACUGCUCACCCAGAUAGGGCUGCACAAAAUCAGGGGACCCAACAGUCAUCACAGAAAGCGUCUGGCAGUGGAAUCUAGGCACCACAGCAGAUCCGACGACUCUCACAUGUUCAUCGUCAAAUUGCCGCCGAUUCCCCAUUACUACGCCGUCAACCAACCCAACGUCAUCGAUGACAAACGCACACAUAACAGCUACAGCAAGAGCCUACCGGUAGGCUUCAAGAACAACGGCAAGCCAGCCAAGAUCUACCACUGGAACCUGCCAGUGCUGAAGAAGAUCAUCUCGAAACACAGGUCAAAGGCGAACGACCUGGACCGUCAUCCAGAAAUCUGGAACGACGUGCUGGACAAGCCGGGGAAGGACAGGAAGCCGCAGAAGCCUUCGUAUUACGUCCCGUCCAAGCCCAAGAAGUCCGGUAUAACAAAGUACUUUCCGGGGAAUGGUAAACCGCAUUCGUUUUACGUUAUCGAGAAGAGUAGGAAGGCGCAUUACCAUCGGUUGUUGCCAUAGUAUAAAGUAAGGUGAACGAGACUUGUGCAAUAAGACAGUUUUAUCCUUCAGACUGAACCUUAGCUUACUUCGAUUUUUAUAAUUAUAUCGUAUUUAAAUGAUUGUUUUUAAUAAAAAAAUUGUAGUCAUAA